AUGAUGCUAGAAUCCAUAGUAACUCUGAUCCGUGAGACUCAACCACGUUGGCGACAGCUACUUCUUGGGCUGUCCGAGGAGGCAGGAGGUAGUGUAACUAGAUCUGGAGGUGGUUUGGAGCGAACAAUUAGCGGCGGUUGUGUCGGUGGCAGUGGAGUUGGGAUAGGUGGUGGACCCGCGGGUCCUGGUGGUCCACCCCAACUCUCCUCUGCCGGUUCCGUUCCUACUGCCUCUGAAUUCCUCAUGCCUUCAGCUGGUGGGCCCGGUCCUCUUGGAUCCUCUAUGGUCAGCGGUAAUCCUUCACCCUCAAUUCCAGCAGCCAAUUUGGAAGGAACGCCUGCCGGGCGAGAAGGUGGUGUGCAAACCAGGCCAACAUUUCAAGUAUCCGGUCGGUAUGCAGUGGGCCCGAAUGGCGAGCCAGAGUUAACUCUAGAAGGCCGCUACGAUGACGAAGAUUACAAAAUCCUUGCCGUCUAUGGAGCCAUGUUGGUUGGAGAGAAAUGCAGACCUGGUGAAAAGAUUAAUCUGGACAUCUUGACGCGAAUUACAGCCGGCGUUUUCAACUGGUUUUUGGAUACUGCGUACACUAAUGAAGAUGAACUGGGAGAACUGAUCGAGCGUCUCAAGAGUGAG